AGUCAAAAUCGUGUUCUACUAUACUAGUGUGGCAAAGUAGUACGGAAACAGUGCAGGUUAUUGUAGACUACUGUAUAGUGCAGUAGUACACACAUUUGCCCGUUGCUUUUUUUUUUUUAGACACAUACUAUACGGAGGCAAAUGGAGGUACACAGGAAGUUGCUGAACUCUGUGGAGCAGUGUGUAGAUGAGGCCCUGGAGGGCAUAGUGAGCAGCAAUGGGGGGCUGAUGCUCCUGAGGGGUCACAGGGUGGCACUGCGCUCAGACCUCCACAACCUGAAGGGCAAAGUUGCACUGAUCUCCGGAGGUGGCUCAGGACAUGAACCUGCACAUGCAGGCUACAUUGGAAAAGGGAUGCUAUCAGCUGCUGUAGCAGGAGCGGUGUUUUCCUCCCCUCCUCCUGGCAGUAUUCUGGCAGCCAUCAUGACCCUCUGGCAGAGUGGUACUUCAGGUGUUCUGCUGCUGGUUAAGAACUACACGGGUGACCGUCUGAACUUUGGCCUAGCUGCGGAAAAAGCACGGGCACAAGGAGUCCUUGUGGACAUGGUGGUCGUGGCUGACGAUUGUGCUUUUGCUCAGCCGAGCAAAGCAGGCAGGAGGGGACUCUGUGGAACUGUGUUUAUUCACAAGCUGGCUGGAGCACUUGCUGAGGAAAAUUAUCCACUAGAUGUAAUUGUUGCUAAAGUGUCAAAGGCAGUAAACAACAUUGGGACUCUGGGUGUCAGUCUGUCUCCAUGCAGUGUGCCAGGAUGCCUACCUACCUUUCAACUUCUGCCAGGAGAUAUGGAGCUAGGACUGGGAAUCCAUGGAGAACCGGGCAUUAACAGGUCCAAGAUGGCCACUGCUGAUGAGGUUGUCAAGACUAUGAUUGAUCAUAUGACUGACCCUUCCAGCCAAUCACAUCUGCCUCUGAAAUUAGGUGACAGUGUGAUCCUAUGUGUGAAUAAUCUUGGUGCUCUGUCCGGUUUGGAGAUGGCUGUUGUCACCAGAGCGGCCAUCAGCUGUUUAAUGGGACGAGGAGUGCAGGUUGUCAGGGUGAUGUCUGGCUCGUUCAUGACAUCGUUGGAGAUGGCAGGCAUGUCUCUGUCUCUCAUGAGAGUGGAUGAGGAGAUACUCCGACUGUUUGAUGCUAAAACCUCAGCGCUUGCCUGGCCCAACCUCAGCAGUGAGUGUUUAAGUGGGAGGAACCUAUUUGUGGAACCAACAGUGAGACCGGCUGCUACUGAGACAAAACCUGAACAAGGUCCAUUUUGUUCUCUGGCAUUUCUAGCUUUGGAAUCCGUUUGCAAAGCCCUCUUACAACGGAAAGAGGAACUCAAUGCCCUGGAUCGUGCAGCAGGGGAUGGAGAUUGUGGGAGCACACAUGCUCUUGCUGCUACUGCCAUCAAAGAGUGGAUGCAGACCACCACCAUGCCAGGAAGUCCAUGUCUACUCCUGACAGCCCUUGCUGGGUUGGUGGAGGAGAGAAUGGGUGGCUCUUCAGGAGCACUAUAUAGUCUGUUCCUAACAGCAGCUGCACCCCACCUGAGGGAAAGUUGUGAUGGAAAAGACUGGGCUAAAGCUAUACAGGCUGGGACUGAAGCUAUGAUAAGGUAUGGAGGUGCUGCGCCUGGUGACAGAACAAUGCUGGAUGCGUUGUGCCCUGCAGUGGAUGAGUUGAUGAAAUUAUCCACAGCUCCUCCAGGUGGCCAUAUUGCUGUACUACAGACCGCAGUUGAGAAAGCAGAGUUGGGUGCACAGUCUACCUGUAACCUCGCUGCCAAAGCAGGUCGAGCGAGCUACAUUGCGUCUAAACAGCUGACUCAGCCAGACCCUGGUGCUGUGGCUGUAGCUACCGUUCUCCGGGCAGUGUUCGAUACUCUGAAAGGGAAGGACUAGUGAUCUAUACUGGUGUCAUGGCAUAAAACAUGGAUCAGAAAGGACACUCUGCAUUGUUGAGGGAAAACUAACUAAUAUGCACAAGUACACUAAAUCAGCUACAACAGAGAACAUUCCCCAAUAAUCUUACUUAAUUUAUUUAAUGACUGAUUGAUUGUACUGAAAGAAUAGUAUUUGAGUGGUAUUAUUUUGUUGGCAUUCCAUGCACAAUAGAUAAUGUACCUAUUCUUUUAUGAUGGAUUAAGUAGCCUAUUAAUGACAAACAGGAUGAUGCAGUUGUAGCACAGAAUGGUUUCUUACUGUUUUACUUUUUUCUUAUUAUUAUGCAGUGUAACAAUGAAAUGAGUUCAUAUCCUUUUUGUAAACAUCAUUGCAUUAUAAUUUAACCAUCAUUGCAUAAGUCAUUCUCAAUCAGUCUGCCAGUCAAGGAAUUUCUUGUCAAAUUAAUAAGAAAAAAUGUGAAUCAAAAACCUCCACAUUCUUUACUGGAGCUGAAUGCACUUUAACUGUUGGACUUUGUUCCUUUCCAGGAAAAAAAAAACUACAUAGAAGGAUUACUGUGAUAUUCAAAAGUGAUUUUUUUUGUAUCAUUUAACAUUUGCU